AACCCGUUCUCCGCCCGAUGGCUCAGAGAAGCUCCUCGAGCAUCCUGAGAGCUCUCAGGAGCUGUGGGGAUUAUGUGGUGCAGUUCUGUCUCCAGACGGUCGCCCAGGUCUUGGCCCUGUGGGAUGCCUACAUCCAGCCCUAUUUUGUGGAGAAAGAGGAAAGGUUCUACACCACGGUGGAGAACGUGUUUCACAAAGAAAAGAUUAACAGCUUUGGACAGAGCCUGAAGGACGCGGAGCUCCCCGUGGCCACCAAAGCGGAGGCGGUGAUGAAAAUGGGGCUGUUGGCCUACACAGGAGGCCCGAAGGGUUCGAAGUGUGCCCUGGAAUAUAUGCCCGAGAUGGUUCAGCUUUUGCAAGAGCCGACGCUGACCGCCACGGAGAAGAUUCAGCUGCUGAAAGGCCUGGCCGGCUUAUGCUACGUCAACGGCUCGAGUAAGACCAGAGCCCAGAAACUUGAUCUCCUUCGCAUCCUCCUGGAUUACCUCGACCCAGACGGGGAUUCCGGCUCCUCGGAUCCGGCGUUUCACUCCACCGGUCUGGUGAAGUUCUGGACCUGCUACCUCAUGUCCGUCAUCACUUGUAACCACCACCACUCCAUUAAGGUCCUGAGGGAGGUCCCGGGCCUCAAACAGAACCUGAAAUUUCUGGCCGGCCAGAACUGGAGCGGCUGGCCCGAGAACUACGCUGAGGUCUUGUAUUUCCUCGUUGGGUUUCACAAGCAUUAAGGAGGCCUUCGUCUCGGCAAUAUGUGACUCCUUACUUACGUUGCCUUUCGUCUCGGCAAUACACGACUAAGCCUUCCUUACGUUGCCUUUUGUCUCGGCAAUAUGUGACUUCUUAUUUACGCUGCCUUUCGUUUCAGCAAUACACGACUAAGUCUUACUUACAUUGCCUUUCGUCUCAGCAAUACACGACUAAGUCUUAUAUUGCCUUUCGUCUCAGCAAUACAUGACUAAGUCUUACUUACAUUACCUUUCGUCUCUGCAAUACGUGACUUCUUACUUAUGUUGCCUUUCAUCUCGGCAAUACACGACUAAGUCUUACUUACGUCGCCUUUCG